AUGGAUUCAUCUUUGAGCGUUCGAACUCAGCAUAUUUUUGGGUUCAAAGGUGACACUAAUGGGUCGAUCUAUUACAUUGACGACCAUAGAGUCGUCUAUACUGCAGGCCACAACGUCAUUAUUUACAGCAUUGAAGACCGCAAGAUGGAAUUUUUCCCAUGCCAAGAAGGCACUUUAGGGAUUUCAGCUAUUUCAUUGUGCCCAAAACGGAGAUAUUUAGCAGUAGCUGAGCGCGCGGAGCGCGCUAUUAUCUUUGUUUAUGACACUUCUAAGCAAAGAAAAAAACGGCCGCUCAUUACAACUGACUGCUUAUCACAAGAGUACAUUUCGUUGGCUUUUGCCCCGAAACAAGAGAAAAAGUUUUUAAUUUCGAUGGGAGGCGCACCAGACUGGACAUUGAUUUAUUGGCAGUGGGAUAGACAAAAAGUUUUAUACGCGGCCAAAGUUUCGACUGGAAGUCCUGUGUAUUCUAUAAGUUUCAAUAUCCUUGACUAUGCAAAUGGGAUUAUUUGUACCGGAAACAAUAUUUUUAGAUGGUUUAAAGCUGUAGAAGGGUCUUUGAAAGCCCAAAACACCGGGAUUCAAAAAAAAGAGCCACACGUGAGUAACAAUUUUUUAUGUCAUUCGUGGCUAUAUGAUGGGAAAUUAGUUAUUGGGACUGACGCAGGAGAAAUUUUACUAUUUGACCAGAACUGUGACUACCGAGGAUAUUUCACGUCAGGAAUGGAGUCUUGGAGUCCUUUAUGCAUCUUACCAUUUAGUAAUGGGUUUCUUGUAGGAGGCGAAGAAGCAAGGGUGGUGGUUUUUGAAAGAAAUACAGACGACUUAAGGAUGCAUUAUGCAAGAAGCCAGAGAUCUAUUUGUGUGACAAAUCAACCUACAGCCAAAGUGAAAGGGAUGAGCAUUUCCCCGAACAGUGAAGAUACCUUGAUUUUAUCAUUAGAUAACUCUCAGAUUUAUUCAAUAGCUUUUUCUUCUGAAAGAGAAGAGGCAGAGCCGCUUUCUGAUGUUUUUCAUACAAAUGCUAUUACAGGGCUUGACGUGUGCAUCAGAAAACCAUUGGUAGUUACUUGUGGGCUUGAUAAUUCAGUUAGAAUUUGGAAUUAUUUAGAAAAUAAGCUAGAAGUUGCGGAAUAUUUUAGUGAAGAGCCAUAUAGCGUGGCAUUUCACCCAAGUGGGUUCCAUAUUGUGGUUGGGUUUGCAGACAAGCUAAGGAUGAUGAAUGUGUUUACAAAUGGAAUAAAGCCAUAUAAAGAUAUCCACAUAAAAGCAUGCAGAGAAAUUAAAUUCUGUAAUGGUGGGCAUAUGUUUGCUGCUACAAAUGGACAUUUGAUUCAGGUUUUUAAUUUUUAUACAGGAGAAAACCCUCCAAAUAUGCAAUUUAAAGGAAUAUAUAAAUAUCAAAAAUUUUUUAUUUUAAAUAUAAUUAUUUUUAGAAAAAAAAAAGCCAAUUCAAAGGGCACACUGGAAAAGUAAGCUCCUUAGACUGAAAUGAAGAUGAUACAAGUUUAGUAUCAACUGGCUGGGAUGGCGCUGUUUUUGAAUGGAAAUUAUACUCUAAAGGUGAGCAGACUUCAUCUCAAAAAUACUCAAGAAAAGGUGCUAAAUUCUCAUGUAUUAUUGGAACAACUGAAAAUAGGCCAGAAGGGAGAAUGCUUUAUGUAGCUGGAAAUGAUAAAGAUAUUAAAGAAAUUUCAGGAGAAACCUGCUUAAGAAGCUUAGAUACUGGUGUCACAAUUGGGCAGAUCGCUCUUUCUCACUCAGGAAAGCUGCUAUUUGCAGGUGUUGCUGAAGCAGAAAAGCCGAUAUACUUUAAACAUGGCGUCUUGGCCAUGCAGCUUUCGAACACAUAUUUAAAGUAUAUACCGCAAGUUUUUGCCAGCUCAGAAAUUGACAGAAAUGCUAGGUAAGCAAUUUCAUGUUGUUUUGGAGCCUAGUCCAAGUCCGCUUUCAUAGUUGGUUUUACCACGAGAGAAUGAGGUCCAAACGGAAAGAGGAAGUUCAGCAAGGUCUGUGAGUAAUACCUAGACCAAUCGGGUUAGUCCCUAGUGUGAAACCAGGAGUUAUGCUUCGGGAUUUGAACUUUUCUCUUUUGCCUGAAGUCGGUCAGAAAUUCCAUUUUUGGGAUUUUUGUGCAGACAACCUUUCUCAACCCAAGCAGCAGCCGUAGAAGUUUAUAGUCCGUCCACUCAAUACUGAAGCCGAAAGGUAAGGAGGAGGCACAAGAGGAAGACCGAAUACUUCAGUCUUACACCCUUAUGGGUCCUUGGUUACUGCAUAAUCAUUAGGCAGAUGCCUCCCUACAAUAAUAUAAAGAAGCAGAGAAGCCUGGCGCAAUUCGAGCUUAUAAAUUUGAUCCAUUUAACGGAGAUUACAUAGAAUACCAAGCCCAUUGUUUACCUAUCGAAAGAAUCCGAAUUUCUUUUGACGACAACUUUUUAUUCACUGUCGGACAAGACGGCUGUUUAAUUAUUUUUGAAAUCGAAGAUAAAGAUUUCCGAGUAAUAAAAAGAGAAAAAGAAGGCUUCAAUAUUUUUGCCGAAGAAAUUUUGGUAACUAAAUCCGAAAUCCAAGAGCUUUUCCACGAAAUUGAUAAUUUAACUACCACAAGUAAAGAGCUUGAAACCAACAAUAAAAUGCAAUAUAACAUGGCUUUAGAAGAAAAACAAGAAGAAAUUGACAAGCUCAAGCAGCAAAUCCACCAAGAAUCUUUACAAGAAAAAGGAAGAUACGAAAACCUGCUUUCAAAUAAAAAAGAAAUGGAAAACACUUAUGAAGAAAGAAUUAUGCAGCUUCAGCAGCAGUUUGAGAUAGAAAAACAAGAACUAAAAACGAAUUUCCAAUUUAAAAAAAAUAAAGAAGUAGAAAGGUAUCUUGAACUUUCGAAAGAAAGAGAAAUAAGAGCUAAAGAAGCUGCAGAAAGAAUAGAGAGGCUUAAAAGUGAGCAUACAAAAGUCAUGGCUGAAAGAGAAGAACAAUUCAGAGAGAAAUUAGAAGAAGUCAGAAUGAAAAUUGAGCAGCUUUCGAGAGAAAAUGAAGACCAACAACAAGAUUUCGAAGCAAAAUGCAAAAGAUUUGAAGAAAGAAAUGAAAGAGAUUUAUUUGAAUUAAGGGAAUUAAAUAUAAAAGAAAUCCAAGGGAUUAAGUUUGAUUGUGAUACUGCUGAUGCUGAGCUGAAUUUAGCAAAAAAGGUAGAAGAAAGGCUUAAAGAAGAAAAAAAUAAAAAAGCUGAAGAAGCCAAACAGAUGGACGAUGAGCUGGAACGGCAAAGAGAAGACAUAAAACAGCUAAAUGAGCUGAUAAAGCAAAAUACUAAAGAAAUAAAAAUCAGAAAGAAAACGAUCAAGGAAAAAGAAAGAAGAAUUUAUGAACUGCGCAAGAAAAACCAAGAACUUGAAAAAUUCAGAUUUGUGCUUGAUUAUAAAAUUAGAGAGCUUAAAAGAGACAUCGGACCUAGAGAAGACGAAAUUUCAAGGCUAAAAGAGCAGACCAAUGAAAUGGAAAAAGAGCUUAAACAUUUAGAAAGCGUCAAUGAAAAACUUGGGAUUUUAGUCGAAAACUUGAGGCUUCGACAAGACGGCAUGCAGAAUGAAAUCACAAAACAGAGAGAAAAACUCAGGAAAAACCAAGCCAGAAUACAAGCUUUUAAAGAUGGGAUCUAUGACUGUGUACAGUAUAUUAAACUUAAUUGCAGGUUGUCUUUAGUCUAUUAGUAACGCAGUCACCAAGUAGACCCCUCGAGGGUUCAUCAGAUUUACGAUCCCGUCAGCCAAGUUGGGUCCGAUUGAGAUGAUCUCUCAACGAGAAAAGGAUUGACACUAUCUUGCGCUUCAUUCGACCCCUGAUACUAUAUAAUAUCCGAAGUCUUCGCUCUUCCUCUUGCGCCUCCUACUUUCCUUAUUGGUUCCAGUGCUGAAUGGGCAGACUAUGGACUUCUGCAGCUACUGCUUCAGUUGAACGAAGGUUGUCCACACAAAAAUUCAAAAAAUGGAAUUUCUAGAAAUUUCGGCAAAAGGAAAAAGUUCGAAGCUCUCCCGCAACACCAAGCUCUCUCCCUUUCCUUCUAGGUAAAAUCUAACACUGAAAGUGGAUUUGGCCUCGGCUCUAAACACUCCUAGCAUUGCUUAGCUAUCAUUAUUGACCAUUUCUGAGUUGGCAAAACCUUACCGAUAUGCUUUAAAUAUGUGCCCAAAGCUGUAUAGCCUAGACGCCAUAUUUAAAUAUGUGUCCAGUAUAUUCAAGAAGAGAAAAAGCUUAAAGAAGCAGUUCUCAAGCUUUAUGAGAAAUUUGUAAGAAAUGAGACACAGACUAAAGGAGUCACGACAGAAAAAGAGUAUGUAAGGCAGUGUAACCACUUAGAAUCAACCAUUACAGGGCUGAGAAAAAAGCUUAAAAAGGUAAAUAAAGUCCACCAUCAAGAUUUAAUCAGAAUUAUGAACCAAAAUGUGGAACUUAUUAAUGAAAUCAAUGGCCUGAGGAAAGAACUGAAAUUUUUGAACUAUUUGAAGAGGCAGGUUGAUGCACUCAACCAAAAAGGAGGGAAAAAAGCAAUAAUUGAGGAUGUGACCAAAAAGGAAAUAGAAAUGCAGAAAGAAGAAAUUCAGAAUUUAAAAAGAAAAUUGAGCGAGUUGGAGACAGGAAGACCACCGUCUAACGGAAGAUUUUCAGAAGAAAUGAACUCCUUUUCUUAA